CUGAUACGAAUCACAGGUACAAUGUGUAAAGCAGCAAAUACCCUUAAGGGAGAUAACUCGGAUACAAAUCACAGUAACAAUGUGUAAAUCGAGCAGCAAAAUACUCUAAAGGGAGAUAACUCGGAUACAAAUCAUAGACUAUUUGAGGUCAGAUACUGUCCACUUCUUUUGAGCACCACAUGUUAUUUCUUUUCUGCCUUCUUUUCUCUCCCUGUGUGUGUGUCACAUCUUUUAGCACCCUCUGUGUCUAUCAGCCAAUCAGCUUACAACGUUAGUUCAGGAACCACAGUCACGCUUAUGAUCAAUGUGUCCGCUAGCCCGGCCAUUAAUUCUGUUACCUGGCAACGGGUAUUUACAAAUGGUAGCCGACAAAACAUCACCGUUGAUGGAAUUAACUACGGAGGCAGUCUGGUCAGUUCCCCUUCCCUUGUCAUCUACAACGUGGACAGUAUCGAUGCGGGCAGUUACGUCUGUCUCAGCACCAACAGCCUGGGCACUGGCGAAAGUGGCGUCAUGGACCUCACCGUCAGGGGAAGCAUCCCCUCCGUGUCGAUUAACAGUUCUGCCUACGAUGUCACGCUGGGAGGCACAGCGUUACUCCAAGCCUCUGCUACAGCAAGCGCCGGUUGGGAAAUCACAACCAUCUACUGGAAACGCACAAUGUCAAACAACGUGACAAUCACCCUGGACGUCGACGGAGACAAAUACGAGGGGGGAACCAUUAGUUCUCCAUCACUGGUUGUCCACGAUGUCGACAGCGGAGAUGAGGGGAACUAUGUCUGUUACGCAGUCAACAGUAUUGGCAUCAGCGAGAGUGGCACCAUCUCUUUGUCUGUUAUUGGUAGCAAGUAUCUCUCUUACGCAGCUGUCACUUCGAAUUCGGCAGAUGCCACCUUUGCGCAGCCGACACAUCGCUUCCACUUUCAUUCAAAUUAACCUUAUUAUAUUGAAAUUAUUUCUUGAUGGUUACUUUUUCCUCAGCCAUCCCCUGUUAACU